GACAAUGCCCUAGGCAGCCCCUACGUGCGCAAGGCUGCAAACAUCGCAAUAGCGACCUGACAAAGAAUGAUGGCCCGAAUACCACCGAAAGACCGCGCAAGCGUUGUCGGACUGCCUUCCGCACACCUGCUAUUGAGUAUCGAGACGAAUCGCCAUGAUGCAAACAACCGGUGAGGACUACUACGACAUUCCCUACGACGAUCUACCGUCAGCGAACUUCGCGGCCCGGCCCACAAGCGAGAUCAGCGAACUUGGUCUACUUGUCGACGGCCUGUGGACCUUCAUGACCUCUAUUUCCUCCUCAUCCGAGAAAACCGACAACGAGGACGAUAUCGACGACGGCCUGACUCCCACAGCUCUGACCUCAGAAACACCCCUGAUGCCUCAACCAAAGCUGCCGCAAACGCCGCCUGAUACGCCGGCUAUCACGGUGACCUCGCCCUCGCGCAGGCAAUCGCUGCGCCAUCGAUUGAGGAGCGUGAGCGAUAUCGUAGCCAUCGUGAGAAGACCAAGCACGCGGCAAAAGUCGAGCACGGCGCCGCCUGGCGCAUUCAACUCGGCGGACUAUGCACCUCAGGUGCCAAGAAGAGCGAUGAGUGUGAGAUUGGAAAAGCAAAGUGCAGAGAGAGGAAGACACUCCAGGCACUUGUUAUCUGAGAGCGACUUGAAAGCACGAAAAGUGUUUGGCAUGCCCGAAGCGCUGCUGGAAGAAGAAAGACCGAACGCUCGGUUCUCAUUCGAAAGGGGAAGCGAUAGUUGGGAAGAAGACGAGGAAUUGAUAACCCAAAUACAUGCGUCCUUCUCUCGCAAGCCGAGGGUGCGAGAGACGCUGGAAAGGAAACAGCUGGCAAGGCUGAGGAUGAAUUUCGUAGAAGCAGAGACCGAUAAAUUCGUCAGUUCACCUCAAUCGAUGCUGGGCACGCCCGUAGAGCUGUACCCACCUGAGCGUCAGCCUGGGCGGUUCAGGCCGACCAGCGCCAUCAAUGGCAGGCGAGGGACCUCGACGCCAGUUUCACCAAAGACGCCCUCGCCCUUCCGGAGACCACAGCCACUGUCAAAUAACAGGUUUGCCGGCGACGAAAACCUCAAGGACCUGUACCGGACAAGGGUCUACGUACCUGGUCCGAUCUGUCUCGAAAAGCACCCAGCCUUGCUGCGAAAGGACUCCGUUGCCACUUUGGACCCAUUUGCGAGCGAGAUAGAUUCGAUAGGGCGACGUCCCUCUGAUCUGAUGGCCCUGGAACAUUUAGUCGUGUACUUCGACGGCAUGGGUCUCAACGAGGAAGCGUCGGACGUGUGCAUGGACAGGUAUUGGCUCAAUGGCCCGCAGCAGGCGCUACGAGAAACGGAUUUUGACUUGUUGGAACUCGAGCAUCCUCUGACUCCGCGGAGUCAGCAAAGCAACGGCUCGAAAGAUGCGUCCGGCGCGCUCUCCAGGUUCUCUUUCUCUUCAGCGUCAUCAGGCCGCUCCGUGCCACAAGGCUUUCCACAAAAGCGCCAGCUGAUCAGAUUAAGGAGAUUGCUCUCGCCGGCGCUACCCGGCUUGAAAGGCUCGGAAGAUUGAGCAGCAAACGGAACAGUCGUGACAUGACAGAAGAACAGGUACGAUCUACAGUUGGGGAGGUUUAAUCAAACCUAGUAAUAAUAAUAAUGAAAACUG